CGAAUACCCAGAUUUUGUCCAGUGGUUGUUGCAUCUAUUCUUCAAAUCACUUCUCAACACGCCAGUACUCGAAGUAUUGCCUCUAACUGGCAUCACUUGCUAGGCUCGCAAGAUCACAUUAGAUCCUCGCACCUUCCGAUAAACCGCUUGUUCACCAAUUUUUUGGUUGAUAACAACUGAUUGUCUUACAUCAUGGCUUCCGUCAAGAGACUCACAAUUCUGAUAACUGGCUGCUCUCCAGGCGGAGCAGGAGCUGCCCUUGCCAUCACCUUUCACGAUGCUGGUCACCAUGUCUUCGCAACGGCUCGAAAUCCGGCUAAGCUGGCCCCAUUCGUUGCGCGCGGUAUCAAGACCUUGGGCCUAGAUGUGACAUCGGCAUCGUCCAUCGCAUCAGCCGUGGCCACCAUAUCCUCCUCCAUACCAGAUGGGAAAGGUUUGGAUAUCCUCGUCAACAAUGCAGCAGGCAGCUACACAAUGCCCGUUGCGGAUGCGUCUUUAGACUCGGCAAAAGAGUUGUUCGAUUUAAAUGUCUGGUCGCAGAUUGCCGUCACGCAGGCUUUCUUGCCCUUGUUGCUCCAGUCUGCUGCAUCUUCUGCAGACCCAACCGCAAACCGGACCAUGAUAGUCAACCACACUUCAGUCGGAUCCGUAACGGCACUCCCCUUUCAGGGGAUCUACAACUCAUCCAAGGCUGCAUUCGCCAUGCUGACCCAGACGCUGCGACUGGAGCUGGCUCCCUUCAAUAUCCGUGUUAUCGAACUCAAGACGGCGGGGGUACGGACAAAUCUCAUCUCCAAUAACAACGUCAAUACCAAGGGCGAGCGGCUGCCACAGGGCUCGAUAUACGAACCAGCGCGUGAGGUCGUUGAGAAGGCCAUGAGCCAGCAGGAGCUGUCGAAAAUAGGCGUCUCGGCGGAGCAAUGGGCUUCUGAAGUCGCGACGCUACUACUGGGAAAGAAUCCACCAGCUGUCAUUUGGAGGGGUGAGAGCGCAUUGCCAGCCCGAAUGGCAAGUAUGAUGCCUUGUAACAUGUUUGAGGGGAUGCUUAAGAGGAUGACUAAGCUGGAUGUUGUCGAGCAUAUUAUCAAGGAGAGCAGGAGAUGACCUGUCUGGUGUUGACGUAUGAUGAUUCCCUGUUCAGGAAUAAUAGCUGGAUAAGAGCUUGUACCGACUCAGGCAGGUUGCAGUCCAUGAUCGAUAUUUGGUGGAGCAUGCACAGUUGUAAUCAUGUCGCCGAGUUUAUCAUUAUCUCGAAGAGACAAACUCCUUCAUGGCAUCAGCACCCAUAUAACUUUUGCAGAAAAUUAGCAGGUUUUCUGGUCAAACACC